GUUUGUCAUCAGUUCCAAGCGUUCUGCUUAGGGGAAAAUAUACUUGCUGGAUAUAUAUUUUUGAGUAGGAGAGCCAAAAGGCAAGAUCCAAACAAAACAAAAGCCAGCCAACCAGAAAUCCCACGAGAACCAGAAAAAAUAAACAAGUCCCACGAUUUUCACCACCAGACGAAAGCCUGUAGAGAUCAGAGCAGCCAUGAGCGAGUUGGCCAAACUGGAGGACCAGGAGCAGGAGCUCGACCUGCUCGACUACGACAUUGACUUGGAGGAGGAGGAUCCCCGGACCUCGGCGGCCCCGCCGGCCAAGCAGCAGAAGGAGGAGCGCGUCAGGAGCGCCAGGUCCAACCAGCUCUUCAGCAAGGCCAUCAAGAAGGUGACCAAGGUGCAGCGCAUGCUGGAGCAGGCGGUCGUCCUGCUGGCCGAGGAGGAGGAGAAGGAGAAGCAGGCCGGCGGCCAGGGUGCCAGCUCCAAGAAGGAGAAGAGGAAGGCCAAGAAGCAGGCCAAGAAGCAGCUGAAGCAGGCCAAGAAGGACAAGAAAAAGGAAAAGAAGCAGAAGAAGCAGCAGGAGGAGGCGAUCGAAGUCGAUCUGCUGGACGACGACUUGGAAGGGGACUUCCAGACCACCAAGGCUCCUCGCUCUCGCUCUUCCAGCGUCAGCUCCACCAGUUCCAGUAGCUCCUCCAGCUCCAGCUCGAGCUCUAGCUCCAGCUCCAGCUCCUCGAGCUCCAGCGACUCCUCCGAGGAUGAUCUGGACUACAUCUACGGCUGGGGUCGUAAUCCCUGGCGGCGUCAUGGUCGUAGGCAUGGCCAUGGCCACGGUCACGGCCACAAGCAUGGCCAUGGACACGGACAUGGCCAUGGUCGCCGACAUGGCAAAGGACACGGACCCCACGGGCACCAUGGUCGCCAUGGUCGUCAUGGCCACCACCAUGUGAGGCCCCAUCACUUCGGACCCCAUCACUUCGGGCCCCAUCACUUUGGCCCCCAUCACUUUGGACCGCGACACUUUGGGCCCCACCCCUUUGGACCACACCGCUUUGGUCCCGAGUUCGAUCGCUGGCUGGAUGCCUGCCCCGAUCAGAUGCAGUUUUUUCGGUGGAUGGGCCUGCCGUGGGCCCUGGCACAAAUCGCGGACCCACGCCGGAGGUGCCGGUCGCUUUCUAGAUCGCACUUUGGGCAUCACGGAGAUCACGGACUCGAUUGCCGUGGAUUCCACGGACACGGACACGGAGACGGACACGGACACGGACAUAGCCACAAGAGUCGAUUACAUGAUCGUCGAGUGAGGCGCCAGUCCUCCUCCUCCUCCAGUUCCUCGUCCAGUUCUAGUUCGGAGAGCGAGGCAGAGAACCGCAAGAAGCACAAACAUCCUCGCAAGAAGAGCCACAAGCGAUCCCGUUCAUCCUCGAGCUCCAGCUCCAGCUCUAGUUCAAGUUCGGGAGCAGAUACGAAAUGCGACAGGAAAAAGGACAAGAAGUCGAAGGACGACCCCAGGGGCAGUCGCUGGCAUGGCCACCAUGGUCAUGGGCCCCAUAGACGUGGACCCCACGGACAUGGGCCUCAUCAUCAUCAUGGUCCUCCCGGACCGCAUCACCACGGUGGUCCAUUUGGACCCCAUCACCAUGGUGGUCCCUUCGGACCUCAUCACCAUGGAGGUCCCUUCGGACCCCACGAUGGCACAUUUGGAUCGCGACAUGGCCCCCAGUUGGAUAUGCGCCCCACCUACGUUGAAACCCCAUGGUCCCCAUCAUUCCUAAGACCAAACAGCGAAGGACGCUUCGCCGGACGCCGCGGGUCGCGCCAAGAGGAGGAGCCCGAAAGCUGCCGUUCCAAGUCGCAGCAAAGGUGCGAGAGGGGUGGCGAGUCGCAGGGCGAGGAGAAAUGCAAGAAGGGCAAGGGCAAGGGCAAGGACAAGCUGCACCACCAUGGAAAGCACUAAGCUCCUCCUCCGAGAGGCCCACGCCAAUAUUCCUACUACGAUAUCCAAAACUAUUAUCCUCAAUGCAUUUUAACCUUUAGAAUCCUAAUCUUUGUAUACCAAAAGCUUUAUUAGUUUGUAGAAACCAAAACUGUAUACCCACUGCACAAAUAAAUACACUAAACACACUA